GGUCUCUGCGCAUAUCCGGAAGUCAUCAGCAGCGUGGGUAGACAUUUUUGCCGGGGACACGAGUUUCACACACAAAGAGUAACCACUUUAUUCGCUGAUAAAGAACACUAAAAAAGUUGCAAAAAUGUAUGAUAUGAGCUGCCAAGAAUCGGAUGAUAAAUACAGGAAGUUGUUUAUAGGUGGGUUGAGCUUUGAAACCACAGACGAAUCCCUCAGAGCACAUUUUGAAGAAUACGGAAAAGUGAACGAUUGUGUGGUCAUUAAAGACCGCGAAACCAAACGACCGAAGGGAUUUGGAUUCAUCACUUAUGAAACACAAGAAGGUGCCGACAAUGCACAGAGUAAUCGACCUCACAAACUGGAUGGCAGGCAAGUUGAAACCAAACGAGCAAUGCCCAGGGAGAGUGGGGAAUCGUCCUUAUCGGUUAUGAAAAUGUUUGUUGGCGGGCUAAAUGAGGACACCUCAGAAGAAGAUCUCCGUUCUGAGUUUCAAGGAUAUGGACAAAUUGUUUCUGUAGACUUGAUAAAAGACAAAGCUACUGGUAAAAACAAGAAAUUUUGCUUUGUUUCAUUUGAAGACUAUGAUUGCGUUGAUCAAUGUGUGCUGAGAAAGAAAUUUAAGGUUGCUGGUAAAGAUGUCGAGGUAAAGAAGGCACUACCGAAGGACGGAGGAGAGGGUGGACGAGGAGGAGGCCGUGGAGGAAUGGGAGUUCGUAGUGGAAGCAGAGGACGUGGUGGUUUCAAUCAGGGUGGUGGCUACAACCAAGGUGGUGGAUAUGGUCAAGGAAGUAGUUAUGACGGCUACAACCAGGGUGGUGGUGGUGGCGGCAGCUAUGGUGGCGGUUACACCCAGCAGUACAGCAGUGGUGGUGGCUUUGACAACUACGGUGGUAGCAGUUACAACCAACAAUUCGGCCAAGGAUAUGGAGACAACUACGGAGGAGGAGCUAUGAACAGGGGCGGCGGUGGUGGUGGUGGACACCGGCAAACACCAUAUGGAAACACCAGUAGCUAUGGUCGAGGAGGUGGUGGUGGAUUCAACAGGCGAUGAACAAUAAAAACAACUCCAUCAUUAGAACUCUUUCAUUAGACCAUUUUGUAUUGUUCGUGAAGAGAAAAGACUCUUUGUGAGUGACAUGACAUAGUAAAUUGUGUCAUGUCCAUGAAUUGUGUUGUUUAAUUUUGUCAAACAUGAUACAGAACUGGAAAACCUCGAAAACCGUUUAUUGCCACUGGUCACUGUACAUGCUGCAGAUGAUGGUUUCAUUCAGUUUGACAUUUUGAUGAAAUACAAGACUGGUCAUGGCGUUUGCCAGUAUUUUUUAGAAAAAAAUUGAGUCGCGUCAAAAAGCUCAUUUCAUUUCACAAUUGAAUCAUAAAUCAUCUCCAAUUUAUCAUGAAUGUAACUCUAGAAAUUGUUGAAAUAGCCAAACAUUCUGAAAAUCUAUUUGUGUAUGCUAAUCAUAUUUGUCUAGCAAAUUAAAGAUUUGUCAUUUCAUAAUG